UGAACGCCCCCUGCUGGAAGUGUGCCGCACUGCGGCGCUGGAGUUUCCUGUUGAAUUUCCCUGUAGAGCGCAACAGGAACUUCCAGCCUGAGCUGCGCCUGCGACAACACUCACCGCGAGCAGGAUUCCUCCGCAAACUCCCUCAGAUACUCCAAACCACCUCAGAUUAACCACCAAAAAACAAUUUACGAGUUACCGUCAUCCUCUCAGCCACUUCAGAACUGGAAACCACAUCGGAAAAUGCAUGAAUGAAUAGUUGAAGCGGAUUGUUUGUCCUGGAAAAUUCAAGUAAGGAGAGAUGGCGUCCACAGUGACUCUGGAAGAUGCUCUGUCCAAUGUGGAUCUGCUGGAGGAGCUGCCGUUACCAGAUCAGCAGCCCUGCAUUGAGCCUCUGCCCUCCUCCCUCAUUUACCAGCCCAACUUCAACACCAACUUUGAGGACCGCAAUGCUUUUGUGACAGGCAUCGCACGUUACAUCGAGCAGGCCACCGUCCACUCCAGCAUGAAUGAGAUGUUAGAGGAAGGACAGGAGUAUGCCGUGAUGCUGUAUACCUGGAGGAGCUGUUCAAGAGCUAUUCCUCAGGUGAAAUGUAAUGAACAGCCUAACAGGGUGGAGAUCUAUGAGAAGACAGUGGAGGUGCUUGAGCCUGAAGUCACUAAACUAAUGAACUUCAUGUACUUUCAGAGGACAGCAAUAGAUCGCUUCUGCGGGGAAGUGCGUCGACUGUGUCACGCCGAGCGGAGGAAGGACUUUGUGUCUGAAGCCUAUCUGCUCACGCUGGGGAAGUUCAUCAACAUGUUUGCCGUGCUGGACGAACUUAAGAACAUGAAGUGCAGUGUCAAAAACGAUCACUCCGCCUACAAGAGAGCUGCCCAGUUCCUGAGGAAAAUGUCAGAGCCAUCCUCCAUUCAGGAAUCUCAGAACUUAUCCAUGUUCCUGGCCAACCAUAACAAGAUAACUCAGUCCCUACAGCAGCAGCUUGAGGUGAUUAGCGGAUAUGAUGAGCUGUUGGCAGACAUUGUUAACCUGUGUGUGGACUACUACGAAAACAAGAUGUACCUCACCCCCAAUGAGAAACACAUGCUACUCAAAGUGAUGGGCUUUGGUCUUUAUCUCAUGGAUGGAACCAACAGCCACAUCUACAAACUGGAUGCCAAGAAGAGAAUCAACCUCACGAAAAUUGACAAGUUUUUCAAGCAAUUGCAGGUAGUGCCAUUGUUUGGUGACAUGCAGAUUGAGUUGGCCCGCUAUAUCAAAACCAGCGCUCACUAUGAGGAAAACAAAUCCAGGUGGUCGUGCACGUCUGCAAGCAGUAGCCCACAGUAUAAUAUUUGCGAGCAGAUGAUUCAAAUCCGUGAAGACCACAUGCGCUUCAUUUCUGAGCUGGCUCGCUACAGCAACAGUGAGGUAGUGACGGGCUCAGGGCGUCAGGAGGGUCAGAAGACAGACUCUGAAUACAGGAAGCUGUUUGAGCUGGCUCUGCAGGGUCUGCAGCUGCUCUCUCAGUGGAGCGCUCAGGUCAUGGAAGUGUAUUCUUGGAAGUUGGUGCACCCUACAGAUAAAUACUCCAACAAAGAAUGCCCAGACAAUGCUGAGGAGUAUGAACGUGCCACUAGAUACAACUACACCAGCGAAGAGAAAUUUGCUCUGGUGGAGGUCAUCGCCAUGAUAAAGGGCCUGCAGGUGCUGAUGGGCCGUAUGGAGAGCGUGUUCAAUCACGCCAUCCGUCACACCAUCUACGCAGCUCUGCAAGACUUUGCCCAGGUAACGCUCAGAGAACCGCUGCGUCAGGCCAUCAAGAGGAAGAAGAACGUCAUCCAGAGCGUCCUCCAGGCCAUCCGUAAGACCAUCUGUGAUUGGGAGACUGGCAGAGAGCCACAUAAUGACCCAGCACUGCGGGGUGAGAAGGACCCUAAAGGGGGAUUUGAUAUCAAAGUUCCUCGUCGUGCCGUAGGACCCUCCAGUACUCAACUGUAUAUGGUCAGGACAAUGCUGGAGUCUCUGGUCGCUGAUAAGAGCGGCUCAAAGAAGACCCUGCGCAGUAGCUUGGAGGGUCCGACCAUCCUGGACAUCGAGAAGUUCCAUCGCGAAUCAUUCUUCUACACUCACCUGCUCAAUUUCAGUGAGACGCUGCAGCAGUGCUGUGAUUUGUCCCAGCUCUGGUUCCGUGAGUUCUUUCUGGAGCUCACAAUGGGUCGCCGCAUUCAGUUCCCAAUUGAGAUGUCCGUGCCCUGGAUUCUUACCGACCACAUCCUGGAGGCUAAAGAGGCCUCUAUGAUGGAGUAUGUGUUAUAUUCAUUGGAUCUGUACAAUGACAGCGCACACUACGCUCUCACAAAGUUUAAAAAGCAGUUCCUUUAUGAUGAGAUUGAAGCUGAGGUGAACCUCUGCUUUGAUCAGUUUGUCUACAAACUUGCUGAUCAAAUUUUUGCCUACUACAAGAUUCUUGCUGGAAGCCUCCUUCUAGAUAAGAGACUAAGAGCUGAAUGUAAGAAUCAGGGUGCCAACAUCUCAUGGCCUUCCUCCAAUCGUUACGAGACACUUCUCAAACAGAGACAUGUCCAGCUCCUUGGACGAUCGAUUGACUUGAACCGUCUGAUCACCCAGCGAGUGUCUUCGGCACUGUACAAAUCCCUAGAGCUCGCCAUCAACCGCUUUGAGAGCGAGGACCUCACUUCCAUCAUGGAGUUGGAGGGUUUGUUGGAUAUUAACCGGAUGACCCAUAAGCUCCUUGGUAAGUAUUUGACACUGGAUAGUAUCGACACCAUGUUCCGUGAGGCAAACCACAACGUAUCCGCACCCUAUGGCAGAAUCACUCUCCAUGUCUUCUGGGAACUCAACUAUGACUUCUUACCCAACUACUGUUACAAUGGCUCCACGAACAGGUGGGCCUUGAAUUUGGCAUACAGUAGCGUAUACAGCCUCUACCGGAACUUCCUGGGACCUCCACAUAUUAAGGCUAUUUGCAGACUUCUAGGAUACCAGGGCAUCGCUGUGGUGAUGGAAGAGCUGUUAAAGGUCGUCAAAAGCCUGCUUCAGGGCACCAUUCUGCAGUAUGUGAAGACCCUGAUGGAAGUGAUGCCCAAGAUAUGCCGUCUGCCUCGCCAUGAGUACGGCUCGCCAGGUAUUCUGGAGUUCUUCCACCACCAGUUGAAGGACAUUGUGGAGUAUGCUGAGCUGAAGACCGUGUGCUUCCAGAGCCUGAGGGAAGUUGGAAAUGCUUUGCUCUUCUGCCUUCUGAGUGAACAGAGCUUGGUAUGACCACUGAGCAUUCAC